AUGGAUUCACUGCUGAUGAGGCAAUUUUUAGUCCUCCUGUGGAAAAACUUCCUCUUAAAGAGCCGGAAGGUGUUUGGCUUAGUGGUGGAGAUCAUCUUGAUAUUUCUGUUAUUUGUAUGGACUUUGACCGUACGCAGAAUUUCAAAGAAGAAAUUUAUUCCUGCCAUGAUUUUCAAUCCUAUUCCCUUGACAUUACCUGAGUUCCUUAAUCAGAACUUUGACUAUGAAUUGGCUUACGUGCCUUCUGAUAGUAAUGCAGCAAGAAAUAUUACUGAGAUGGUGAAAAAGGAUUUAAACUUCAACUUUAAAGUUCAAGGUUUUUCUUCGGAAGAAUCUUUUGAGAAAUACAUUAAGUAUGAGGACAAGGCUGAGCAUGUGCUGGCUGCUAUUGUGUUUGAUCACAAGUUCAAAACCAGCAACGAACCCUUGCCGCUUCAGGUAAAAUAUAGUUUGCGCUUUGGUCGUAUGUAUGAUCCGGAAAACAUGUUUAAGCCAUCUGAGGGACAGAAAGAAACAGAGUGGAAUACAUCAAUUCUCUUCCCAUCCGUGCCUUCUCUAGGACCCCGGAACGCCUUGGAAAAUGACGGGGGAGACCCUGGAUACAUCAGAGAAGGAUUUCUUCUCGUGCAGCAUUCCGUAGACAAGGCCAUCAUGAUGCAUCACAGUGGCAGAGCAGCUGAAGCCAUGUUUGCUAACACCACAAUUUAUGCGAGGAGAUUCCCAUACCCAGCCUUCAUUCAUGACAGCUUCUUGUGGACUUUCAUUGUUAUGUUUCCUUGGACAAUUUUAUUUACAUUUACUCAAAUGGCACUUGACAUAAUUGGGACGAUUAUGUUGGAAAAGGAAAAGCGAUUAAAGGAAUACCAGCUCAUGGUGGGACUCAGUAAUGCUAUGCUCUGGGUUUCCUAUUUCAUCACCUUCUUAUUGAUGUAUUUCAUCAUCAUCUGUUUGCUGUGUGGGAUUUUAUUUCUCAAGAUUACGCAUGAGAGAGUCUUUCAACACAGUGACCCGCUCUUCAUUGCCUUCUACUUCCUGUGUUUUGCCAUCUCCUCCAUGUUGCUCGGCUUCAUGAUUAGCACAUUCUUUAACAGAGCUUCUCUGGCCACUUCUAUUGCAGGAUUCCUUCAUUUUCUCACCUUCUUUCCAUAUUUGAUCGUAUUUAGUCUGUAUGAUCGGAUAAGCCUCAGUGGGAAGCUGGCUCUCUGUCUCAUUACCAACACCGCACUAGCAUUUGGGACUGACUUGAUAUGCAAGCUGGAAAUGAAGGGGCAUGGUGCUCAGUGGUACAACUUUGCUACAAAAGUAAACGCUGAUGAUGACUUAACCUUGGCCCACAUAAUAGGAAUGUUUUUAUUUAGUGCUUUUCUGUACGGCCUUGUGGCCUGGUAUGUAGACGCUGUCUUUCCAGGGAAGUAUGGUGUGCCCAAGCCCUGGAACUUUUUCCUGCAGAAAACCUACUGGUUUGGAGAGCCAGCCUUAAGCAGGGAAGAGAGCCAAGUCAGUGAUUUACCUCCAAGUGAUUUUAUGGAGCCCGAACCUGUUGACUUAGAGGCUGGCAUCCAGAUUCAGCAUCUGUACAAGGAAUUCACCUUAAAAAACAGUACCCUGAUGGCAGUAAAAGACUUGUCUUUGAACUUGUAUGAGGGGCAGAUAACUGUUCUUCUUGGACAUAAUGGGGCAGGAAAAACCACCACCUUGUCCAUUCUCACAGGUUUGUAUCUUCCUACCAAAGGAAAGGUCUAUAUUAGUGGAUACGACAUCUCAUCUGACAUGGUUCAAGUUAGGAAAAGCUUGGGCUUGUGUCCCCAGGAUGACCUGUUGUUCCCACUGCUGACGGUGUCAGAACACCUUUAUUUCUACUGUGUGAUAAAAGGAAUAUCUUCGACGAACCGACCUAGAGAAAUCCACAGAAUGCUCACCUCUUUUGGCCUGCUGCAGAAAAGUAAUACCAUGUCAAAGGAUCUGAGCGGAGGAAUGAAGCGCAAGCUCUCAAUCAUUAUAGCUCUAAUAGGGGACACUAAGGUGGUGAUACUUGAUGAGCCAACAUCUGGCAUGGAUCCGGUCUCAAGGAGGGCCAUCUGGGACCUGCUUCAGCAUUAUAAAAAGGACCGUACCAUCUUACUGACCACACACCAUAUGGAUGAGGCUGAUGUGCUGGGGGACCGGAUUGCCAUCCUGGUCAUGGGGGUCCUGAAGUGCUGCGGCUCCUCGCUUUUCCUGAAGAAACUAUAUGGAGUGGGGUACCACCUAGUCAUAGUGAAGACUCCUGACAGUGACGAUGGAAAAAUCUCCCAGCUGAUUAAGAACUACAUACCAACUGCCGAGAUGGAGACCAAUGUUGCAGCUGAGCUGUCAUUCAUCCUGCCCAAGGAGCACACACACAGGUUUGCAGAACUUUUCACAGACCUAGAAGAAAGACAAGAAGAGCUCGGCAUCUCUGGCUUUGGUGUCUCCAUGACUACCAUGGACGAGGUUUUCUUCAAAGUCAGUAAUCCGGCAAAUUUGAAGUUGAACACUGAGAUUACUGGGAACUGGCCUCUUUAUAUGCAGCAGUUCCGGGCCAUGUUCAUCAAAAGGGUGAUGUUCUCUUGGCGCAACUGGAAACUGCUGCUGCUACAGUUGCUGGCACUUCAGGGUCUCACGUAUGUUCUGAUAAAAGGAAUAGGCUUCUCAGUACCCAAAGAACCUGCCCGGGUGAUGGAUUUGGAGCAGUACGGCGAGACCACUGUCCCUUUCUCAGUUUCUGGAGAUCCUCCUUUGACCAAGAAACUCACCAAAAAUCUCGAGAUCAUGUUGAAAGAUAAAAAACAAAAAGUUCAUGAAGUGCAAGGUGGUGUGCAGGACUACUUGCUCACAAACAAAGACUGCAUUUACUCAUGCAUCGUUGCCUUCUCCCUUGAUGUUACCAGAAAAGAAAAGACAUUUACCUUUUGGUUUAACAAUGAGGCAUACCAUGCAUCACCAUUAUCUUUAUCGAUAUUAGACAACAUUAUUUUUAAGUAUCUCUCUGGCCCUGAUGCCACCAUUACUGUCUCCAACAAGCCUCAGCCCCAACCUUUCACCAAAGGCAAAUCUGAAGAAAGAAGUGCAACAGGAAUCCAGAUAGUCUUUAACUUGCUUUUUGGGAUGAGCAUUUUCACCAGUGGCUUUUGCCUUAUGACAGUGACUGAGAGAGUUAGUAAAGCGAAGCACAUCCAGUUUGUGAGCGGUGUCUACACCUUGAAUUUUUGGCUCUCUGCUCUGCUGUGGGAUCUCAUCAUCCACUUCGUUGCCUGUGUCCUGUUGCUGCUGGUGUUCCUAUACACUGAUGUGCAUAUACUGUUGGAGAACUACAACUUCCUAGACACAAUGUUCAUCCUUAUGUUGUUUGGCUGGUCUAUCAUCCCCUUCAUCUACCUGCUAAGCUUCUGGUACAACAAUAGCACCAAUGCCUACAUCAAGAUCUUUGUCUUCAACCACUGUUUAGGGUUUAUGAGCAUAAUUGUGGAUGCUGUGGUAGAACUGAUACCAGACAUUAAAACUAGUACUAAGAACCUCAUACUUAACUCACUGCUGCUGUUACCCAUUUAUAACUUUGGGAUGAGUAUCUUCAAAUACUAUAGCAUCCAGGAGAUAAGGAAAUUAUGUUCUUCUUUGGGAUCUCUUAAUACCUUUUCAGGUUGCCAACAUGAUCUUACUGUAUACAGUAUGGACAAAAGAGCAAUUGGAAGGCAUGUGACUGCCAUGGCCGCCACAGGGCUGAUAUACUUCCUCUUCAUUAUCCUUCUGGAGACUACUUCAUGGAAUCUAAAGGCCUUCAUAUAUCGAUAUGUUUUAUUUGGUAUCUAUAAGACAUUUUAUAAGGCUAGAAUGUCCAAGGAGUUAUCCGGAGACUCAGAAGACGAAGAUGUACAAAAUGAAAAAGAGACUAUCCUGCAGCAUUCUCGGCACUCGCUGAAUUCUACUGUGCUCAUUAAAAAACUCAUAAAGAUAUAUUUUAAAAUUCCACCCACUCUGGCUGUGAGAAAUAUCUCUCUCACCAUUCAAAAGGAGGAAUGCUUUGGAUUACUUGGGUUAAAUGGAGCUGGGAAAACUACUACCUUUAAAAUUCUGACUGGAGAAGAGAUAGCUACCUCUGGGGAUGUGUUCAUUGAAGGUUACAGCAUCACUAGAAAUAUCUUGAAGGUAAGGUCCAAAAUUGGCUAUUGUCCACAGUUUGAUGCCUUGCUGGAUUACAUGACUUCUCGGGAGAUAUUGACAAUGUAUGCCAGGGUGUGGGGGAUUCCAGAGAACAAUAUUAGUUCCUAUGUGAACAACUUGUUGAAAAUGCUGUAUCUGAAACCACAGGCUGAGAAGUUUAUUUACACUCUGAGUGGAGGAAACAAACGUAGGCUGAGCACCGCGAUUGCCAUAAUGGGAAACUCUUCAGUUGUCUUCCUAGAUGAGCCAUCUACUGGCAUGGACCCACUAGCCCGGCGCAUGCUCUGGAACGCAGUGAUAAGGACAAGAGAGAGUGGCAAGGUCAUCAUCAUAACCUCUCACAGCAUGGAAGAGUGUGAAGCUCUCUGUACCAGGCUAGCCAUCAUGGUGCAGGGAAAGCUGGUGUGCCUGGGUAGCCCUCAGCAUCUCAAGAACAAAUUUGGCAAUAUUUACACCAUGAACAUCAAGUUCAAAACUGGCACCGAUGACGAUGUGGUGCAGGAUUUAAAAAAUUAUAUUGCCGAGGUUUUCCCAGGUAGUGACUUAAAGCAAGAGAAUCAAGGGAUCCUUAAUUACUACAUUCCCAGCAAGGACAACAGCUGGGGAAAGGUGUUCGGCAUUCUGGAGAAGGUGAAGGAGGACUACAAUCUAGAAGACUAUUCCAUCAGUCAGAUCACCCUGGAGCAAGUCUUCCUGACCUUUGCCAACCCAGAUAACACAGAGAGUGGCUAUGAGAAAGCAGUGCCUUGA